AUGUUCAAGACCCAGGUCAAGGCAUCAUGGUACCUCAGGAAGUGGAAGGAGGACAGGUUCCUAGGAUGGACUAGGCCAACUUGGAACAACGAUACGACCACUGGUCCGGCUCACGCCCCUCUCGUUCUUCCCGGGCCUUUUGCCAGGCAGAUGCCCCAGUUCUUCCUGCCUGCUGUCAAGGUGGCCAUCUUCUGCCCCGCCAUCGCCACGGCAGUAGCCAAGGCAGUAACAAAAGUCCAGGACAACUGA